AGCAGUGGGAGAGUGGGAGGGUCUGUCGGUGAGCCUGCACCACUUUACGCUGUGAAGUUGUAGCAGCGGGGAGGUUAUCACCAUCAGUGUGGAUUACUGACAGCACCCAGGUGACUGGACCGAUGAGAUGAUACUGACACACAACAGGAGCCCUCUUCUGCUCACCGUCACCUGCAUGUGCUUCUCAGGAGGUCUGCUGUGGUCCUACCAAGAGGAGGAUGCCAGUGACGGUGGAGAGUGCUCUGAAAAUAACAUCUCUACAACAAAGUACCCCUGCGUGAAGUCGACUGGAGAAGUUACGACGUGUUACAGAAAGAAAUGUUGCAAGGGCUUCAAGUUUGUGUUGGGCCAGUGUAUUCCUGAAGAUUAUGACGUAUGCGCUGGCGCCCCCUGUGAGCAACAGUGUACUGAUAAUUUUGGUCGGGUGGUGUGCACCUGUUACCCUGGCUACCGCUAUGACCGGGAGCGCCACAGAAAGCGAGAGAAGCCCUACUGUCUGGACAUCGACGAAUGUGCGGACAAAAACACGACUGUGUGUUCUCAGAUCUGCGUCAACUCUGUGGGGAGCUACAGGUGUGAGUGUGAGAAAGGCUACUUCCUGGAAGAAGAUGGGAAAACAUGCACCAAGGGGGAGAGAGCAGUGCAUCUCUUUGAGGAAUCUGACAAUGUGAUGAAUACUGGAACUUGCUCAGCCACCUGUAACGAUUUCCAACAGAUCAAGAUGUCUGUCAUGCAGCUUAAACAGAAGAUGGCCAUGCUGUCAAGCAGUGCUGACGUCCCUGAGCAGAUGACCAGUGAGAAAAUCCUGACGUCCUCCAUAUUUUUACCAGGGCCUCCAGGUCUCCCUGGCCCUCCAGGAGAUCCAGGACCAGAGGGCCCUCCAGGAUUUCAAGGACUAUUGGGGCCCCCUGGCCCUCCUGGUCCCAGGGGCUUGAUGGGGCCCAUUGGACCCACACCAGAUCUGUACCACAUCAAACAUGGCCCUCGAGGACCGGUGGGGCAUCCAGGAGCACCAGGAAAAGAUGGCCUUAAGGGGGACAGAGGAGCUCCUGGGCCUGUCGGACCACCAGGCCCUCCAGGCUCCUUUGAUUUCCUGCUCCUUCUGAUGGCUGACAUCCGCAACGACAUUGCUGACCUGCAGAGCAAGGUGUACGGUCGACCGAUGCACUCCCCGGGGGAGGAGUUUGCUGCAGUCCCCGACACCUGGAGAGAAAACCAGGACAGUCUGGAUACAGGCUCGGGCGAGGACUACAAGGAACCUCCACCUCGAACAGGAGGAGGGGCCAAGAGGAGUAGGAAGAGGAAACCAGCGAGAGACAGAACAGACUUUGACUGGAAUAUGUAAAGAGGGUGGAUUUAAAUACUUUAUGUCAGGUGUAAAUAUUGAAGUGGUUUGCUUUUUUUUUCUUAUUUAACUGUUUUUAAACAGAAUGUACUGUAUGUCUUUGGAUCACAGAUGUUUAUUUUUGUAUGAUAUACAAGAUUAUGUGUGACUAUUUUUUAACAAAAUGAGUAGACUGUGCAAAUGCAUGAUUUUUUUAAUUUUAUAUUUUCAGAAACAUAUGGUUCCUUCACAGCACAUUAAACAAGUCUCUCAUGAAAGACAUUUGUUCCUCCCACUGUAUUAUUCUGCUUCACAGAAACUAUAAGAAAGUGAGCCACCAGAUACAUAAAUGAUGAAUUGACUGAAUGUUGGACUGGAGCAUUGAAACUGCAUUGGGACUCUGCUGCUGUCUAGUGCUGCAAGUAAUGAUUAUUUUUAUAUUAUAAUAUUUAUAUUACACUUUUUCAUCACAAGCCAACGGAGCGGACAACAACCUGACUCUGUGCAUUUAACUUAAUUAGCCUGAUCAUUUUUUUUUUUUAAUUAAUUUUGCAAAUAUGGAAAGGAGUGACUUGCCGGCCACAAAGCAGGCUGGUUAUGUCUUAUUAUUUAUUUAAGUCCAGUAAAGACAGUUGUUUUUUUUAACUCAGCUGCUGCAUGAAAGUUGCUAAUUCAGAGUUUCCACUGUUGGACAAGGGUGUGUUGCUUCCAUCAAUGAAAUGAAAUGAAAUCUAAAGCACAUCUAAACUAAGACAGACGUAUUUAAACUAACUUUAAAUUCAGUCAACAAAAACUAUCCUCUGCUGCAUCCAGGCAACAGCUGAGUGGCUUUGUGGAUGAUACUGUAGUCGUCUGAAUUUCUAACAUGAUUUGAUUCUAUCCUCCACCAGAGGGAGACCUUCUCAAAGCCAAAGAUCCAAAGCACUGACAUGUACAAAAGUCCAGGCAACUUUGUUAUCAGGGUUUCUGCAGUACCGUAACAAUGGGAAAUAAAUGAAUCACUGAGGAAACCCUCACACAUUACAAUAUGCUUAAUCAGUAUAUGAAAAGGAUAGAUUCCCAGACUCCAUUGACUUCUCAGAAGAAAACAGAAACAUAACUAUUGCAAAUGAUGGUACAACAUCAAAUUUAAAGACUGGAAUAGCAAUGGGCUCUGUAAUGGAAAAUAGUGUUGGAAACUUGAGAUUAAUAUGUAUGUACUAUAUGUAGGGGAGUUUUCUAAGCCUUAAGACUCAGAACAUUUAUAAAAGAGUUAGAGACGGUAGAUUUAUUUGAGUUAGAUGGUAACUUUCAGUCCUUCUAUUAAGCUUUUAUAAACAGUAUACAAGCAUUUCAUGAUGGUUUACAACAUACUACAAUGUAGCUGAAAACAGGACAAGUGUUUAUUAAUGCACAUGUCAGCAAUUAUAACUUCCUCUAUAAGAUAUACUGUAUUUCAUGUUAUUAUGUUUUGGUAUUGACAUUCACUCUGUGUAUACACCAGCCUUCACUGGAUGGAUGCCCACAUGAGAGGUUGAUAAACACAUAAAUACUUAGAAUUGUAGGAUUUAUUAAAUGUUUGUAUACUGAUUACAAAUGCUAAAGAGUGUCACAUAAAGUGUUAAACCAGCAUCACUGAGAAAAUGCCUUUCAAGACCAAUAGAAUUAUACAUUGUAACAUCACACAGUUUCUUGACAUUACCCAGAAUAACUCGCUCUGGUCGCCUCACUAAAAUACUGAGGGCUGUGAAGUCAUAGCUGGAAGAGGCUGAACAGCUGCUGGGCCUCUGAACUGAGAAUGAGGUUUUGGAUGUCGCACAGCCUUUUCUGAAGUCAUAGACUUUGUAGUUUCACUCCUCUUUGUUCACCUUUGCCUCUGUUUACCGUAACUUAUAUUUAUCUCUCUCUGUCUUUAUUUGGAAGAAGAAAAAGUUGCAGAUAUGAUCUCGGGAGCUUGACCAAAACAAGGUGAUGUCACUUUAUUUUCAUGAAUAAUGAGACCAUGCAAUAAAACAAAAAACAGCCCUCUCAAGAAACCUUCAGUCUCAUUUAUCAGCUCUCAGAUUGUAACUGUUUUCUUAAGUAUUUCAUCAGCCACAACAGAAUAAACU